AUGUUAGUCACGGACAUAAAUAAUGUUAAAAUCUACAACCUAAGUGGAGGAAAAUCCAUACCACAGUGGCUUACCGAUCACAAGCAGAAAAAGGCAUCGAAGAAAAAUGCGGACGGCGAUCGACAUAUAGAGCUGAUACAAGACUUCGAUAUGCCCGGUGUGGCGUCAUGCAUUUCCAUCUCCCCCGAUGGACAGUACAUCUUAGCUACGGGGACAUACAAACCACGGGUGAAGUGUUUCGAAGUGAGCAAUCUGUCGCUGAAGUUUGAACGUUGCUUCGACUCGGAGGUGGAAAAGUUUGCCAUCCUCUCCGAUGAUUACAGCAAGCUUGCUUUUCUACAUGCGGAUCGGUUUGUGGAGAUACAUGCAGCUGCCGGCCGACACUACCGACUGCGUAUUCCAAAGUUUGGCAGAGAUUUAACCUAUCACAAGCCAACGUGCGAUCUACUGUUUGUUGGCACUUCGCCCGAAAUCUAUCGGCUGAACAUGGAACGGGGUCAGUUCUUGUUGCCAUACACGAGCGAAAGAGCCACUGCUAUCGAUAGUAUCACGAUCAAUCCGGAACAUCAACUAAUUUGUGUCGGAACGCAGGAUGGAAUGAUCGAAGCGUGGGAUUACCGUGAUAAGAAAUGUUGCGGCACGCUUGAUGUUGCUGCAAAUUUUCGAAACACAAACGGCGUUGUUGCUGCUACAGCUUUGGAAUUUAAAAAUGGUCUAACUUUAGCGGCCGGCACAUCCACCGGACACGUGCUGCUGUUUGAUAUUCGAGCGCGCAGUCCUAUCGCGACAAAGGAUCAUCUUAAUCAGUUGCCAAUCAAAAAGAUACGCUUUCAACCGGAUCAAAAUUCGGUGUACUCGCUCGAUGCGGCUAUGCUGAAGAUUUGGGAUGAAACAUCGCUGAAGCAAAAGGCUUGCAUCGAGACGCGUAGUAAUUUCAACGAUUUUGCCCACUUUCCCGGCAGUGGAUUGUUCAUGUUUGCGCAGGAAGAUGUAAAAAUGCUACCCUACUACAUCCCAAGUGAAGGACCAGCCCCGAAAUGGUGCUCGUUCCUGGAUAAUUUGGUCGAGGAAAUUGCAUCCGAGUCUGUGCAGAAUGUGUACGAUGAUUACAAGUUUAUAACGAAGCAGGAACUUGCAGAAUUGAAGCUGGACCAUCUAGAGGGUACGCAAAUGCUACGUGCAUACAUGCAUGGGUUCUUUAUCAACAUUCGCUUGUACAAUAAGGCUAAAGCUGUUUCGGAUUCGUUUGCGUUCGAUGGUUUCCGUAAGGACAAAAUUCGCAAGCAGAUUGAAGCUAGCCGCCCUGCUCGUCUGCAGCUGAAAUCUGCCCUACCGAAGGUAAACCGAGAACUCGCACAGCACCUCAUCCAGGAGGAACACAUGAGCAACACAAAACGUAGCGCCAUUGCGAAGGGUUUGCUGGGAGACGAUCGGUUCAAGCAGAUGUUUGAUAAUCCCGACUUCGAGAUCGAUAAAGAGGCAGAAGAUUAUCGACUUCUCAGUGCGGUACUGAAACGCGCCGAUCGUGAUAAGGCAAGACGCAGGGAAAACGUCGUCGUUACGGCACUCGAGGAGGAGGAAGGAAAGAGCACGGACGAUGAUUUGUACAGUGAGAAGAGUGAAAGCGAAAAGGAAGAGGAGAAAGAUGAGUCUGACGAGGAAAUGGAUGAAGAUGUGCCAGUGCCUGCAAAACUCAAAAAUAGAAAAGCAAACGAACGUCGAAAUAAAUCUUCCAAGUGGGGUGCGCCAGCGGACCAGGAGGCGGAUGAAGAUGCAGAAUCUGGGAAAAAGGUUUCCUUGACCAUAGAGGAAGGAGCAAACUUUGACAUCAUACAACCUGCGAAGAAAAUUCAAUCUGUUUCUCUUGGUAAGCGUGUGAAUAAGCUAGAACAUGCAACCACAAACGUACUGUUCCAGAAUGGAGUUGGUAGACGGGAAAUUACGUUCACAACCACCGGACGAUCCAAGAGUGGUAAAAAUGGACAAGAUCGGGAACGGGCACGAUACCAAUCGGAGUUGAAAAAACACAAAGAAGAACGUCGGCAAGUUAUUCGUUCGGCCAAAGGCGUGAUCAAAAAGACGUUUGUAAAAAAACAUUAA